AUGUGUAAGCUAAAUGAUAUUUUAAAUCCACUGGAGCUAGGUCAAUUAGUGGUCAGUUCUUUAGGAAUUUGUUUUGGUAUACUUCGUUUGUCAUCGGAAAAUUUGAGCUUUGGUGAUUUAAUAGUGAGUUUUUUGUACAUGGCUGGUGUAAUUUCUCAGCUAGCUGUCGAUUGUGCCCUUGGAACACUUUUGUAUUAUCAGGCUAGCCUUUUACCAGAAGCAAUAUUUGACAGUAAUUGGAUUGGUUUAACAUUUAAUGUUUUGAAAAAGGAUGUAAUCUUUUUCUUACAUCACUCCCAGAGAAUUCCCCAACUAACAGCUUACAACUUAGUUGACAUGCAUAUGAUGUCAUUUUUGAAGGUUAUCAGAAUGGCAUUCUCCCUUUUCACUGUAAUGCAUAUAUUCAACUUCGAAUUGUAA